AGUUUCACUACACGCUCGGACAUCACUCACAUACACACAAUGAGCUCUGUCUUUGAACUGAAAACACUUUGAUUUCAUGCACUGGAUAAAAGCAGCCACGGAUUCUUGCUCCAUAUGAGGAAGACAAUCUUGAAAGCACCUUGUCUCCUCUUGAGUCUAUUCACAAAUUUGAAUCUCUGCUCCGGAAAAUUUGGGACACCGAUAACUGAUGAUGUGAGCAAGCUGUCAUUAUUGAAGCAGAAUAUCCCCUCUGAUUAUGAGAUUCCUGUUAGUUACAUUCCCAAAGAAGUGGCUGGCACGUGCUGGGUGGUGUUGAAUAUCUAUCCUUUGGAGCAAAGUCUUCGAAAGCUUGCCAGCAUGUUUGGUGCCAUCUCCUCCAACAAAGAAAACAUCCUUGUCUUCAUUGCGAUGCUGAAGAGUUUACGCUUCACUUUUGACCAUGAGGAACUGGAAACGGCGAUGCAAGUCUUCCAGUGUCACUAUCAGGAAGGGAGCUUAAUGUCAGGUCGUUACUUUGACUACAUCAAAGACAUCUUACAUGCCGCCUCUCAAGGAACAUCCGGCUUCUCGUGCAAGCCACCACCGUGUUUUAAUCCACAACAGACACCAGGAGGUCAGGAGGAGGGCCGUGAGUACAGCUGGUCGAAGAGAACUCCCUUGCUUCUGGCUCUCAUCCCCUUCACAGCUUGUGUUGUUAUCGUAGUGUGGAUG